GGUGUUGCUAUUAAAUUGGAAAAUAGAAAUUCAAUGUCAGAAAUCAUAAUGAAGAGUGGAAAAAUAGUGGGAUAAAAUUGCAAAUAUUUUUUAUUGAUUUAUUGUUCACCUGGUACAUUGGUAACACAUUAUAAUAUUAGCUUACUUUUCAAGUCAUAACACCUAAAAAGGAAAGUUGUCUCUUGUAGGCGACACAACCGCGGGGGCGAGUAUAACGUCGUGUCUCACCUCCGAUUUAAGAAUCAACAUCGCAGAGUGAAGAAAUCUCCACAGGUGUUCGGGGUCCUGACUUUUCUUUGCCAAAGCAAAAAAAAUCCAUAUCAUUUGAAUGUCAAUAAUAAUGCGAAAUUAUGAAGUAUGUGCCGUCAAUUCUCCUGCCGUGCGCAAUUUGUGCACGGACCUUUGCUCCGAAAUCGUUGGAGAAGCAUGCCAAGAUCUGCGAGAAAUCGUCCAUUAAAAAGAGAAAGCCCUUCGAUUCUGCCAAGCAGAGAAUUCAGGGCACCGAACUUGAAGAAUUUCUUCCGAAGCAAGAAAAUAAGCGAUCUUAUCAGGACGAAAGAAUUCCACGAACAAAAUCAUCAUGGAAACUAACGCACGACGAAUUUCUUCGUACGAUCAGAGCAGCGCGCGGCGAACCCACGGAGGUUAUAACGAGACAAUCGACGAAUCAAAUUACUUCCGGUGCCCCAACCAGAGCCAAUGAAAAGGGAAUAUGUCCCACUUGUUAUCGCCAAUUUGGUAUCAAGGCUUACGAGCGUCACGUGGCAUGGUGCAAGGAGCGAUCAACUCGGCUUCCUGUGAGUCCUGCCACCAACGUUGCCAAGGAGCGACUAGAAGCGCGAAUAAGGUAUCGAGCGCCAGCAUUAAAAAACCGAAGACCGACAGUGCGCGAAAAAUACAUGCCCGGUUCCAUCUCUAAUUUGGGCUACAACACUGCCAAAGUCUCAUCAGUACAUACAAUCAAGACCAGGGAAAGCGUGUCACUUCCCAAUUGCAAUAAGAGCAACGAAACUCCAUCAAAACAGAAGCUAACUUCACGGAAGCAAAAUCAAAGUAAUAUCUCUAUUCCAACCGGACCUCUAAAAUCGAGACCUGUAGAUCGAGCUAAUAGGUGCAUUCUUCCGGAUCGUCCUGCUUGGAACAAUUAUGUCCGGAAGCAUCCGGAUUUUUUUAUGGUUCUUAAGGGUAGAACCUGCGGUAAUAAAACGUACGAUCCUUUUCUCAUGGCCGAGCAACAAAUGCAGGACCUCUUAUCAGACACGAGCGAUCAAUUUUCAACAGACGGACAGUCAAAUCAUAAAAAUUCCUCUGUAUUUCCUCUCACACAUUCGUCCGCAUUUGUAACAUAUCCCUCUCAGUCAUUAACCAAUUCUGCCAUUCUCGAGUCCUCGAAGAAACGCGGUUCCGUAUUAGCGCCACCCACCGAAUUCGAUGAUCUCACCUCGGAAUUAUCAAGUGACUGCACCGAAACAAAUUCCGAGCACUUUGUUAACGAUAAAAUAAUUAGUAAUUCGACUAUUAAAGAGAAAACACAAAAUCCCGAACACAUCCUAAGUCGCAGAGUCAUUAUCGACAAAUCGAAAGCCCUUGGAAUUGAUGAUUCCUUGUCUUCUUCCAUUGAUAAGACGCGAAAAAUACUCGACAAAAUUUCAACACAAAAAAUUGUACGUCCCAUGGUGAAUAGAUCACACUCGGUUCGUUCAGUGUCGGCGCAAAAAAUUCCCGAGCGCAAAAAUUCCUCCUCGUCAUCGUCGGAUAGUUUGAAAAAUAAUUUUAAAUAUUCGAAAAAUUCCAAUUUAAAUUACGCUGACAGGAGUAAUAAUAAUAAGAAUAAUUUUAAUGAUAUUAGUAAAAAUAGAAGUAGUAGUUAUACGAGUACAUUGAAUGGAAGUAAUUUGAGUUUAAAUUCGUGUGUUUCAUCUGAUAUCGAUAUGAAACGUUCGAAUUCAAUGUUUGAUGAAUUGAUGAGCUCCUUUGAGGAGGACAAUUCAACGAUACUUCCAUCCUUAAAGUCCUUUCUUAAAAGUGAUCCUUUAUCCAUGUCUAGUCCGAUCCAGAGCAAUGUCAAACGAAAUGGUCAAAUCAGCGAUGAUGAAUUGUCCUCGAUCGAUAGUUUCAAGAGGCAGGAUCACGGUAAACUUAGUGCGGAUUCUGCUUACAGCAGUUUAAACCGAAAAUAUUACAACAAUGGACGCAGCUCAAGUGACAUGGCGAGUCGUCUCGAUGAAGAUCCACCAGCUCGGUAUCGUGAGGGCGAUUCACGAUUUCUCAGCAAGAGCAAAAUGUCCAAAUUCUGUCACGAGUGUGGCUCUAGAUUUCCAGAAAGUGCCAAGUUUUGUUGCGAAUGUGGUAUCAAAAGGCUUACCCUGUAAAUCGUUUUACAGGAAGACAAAAAGAAAAUACUUUUAUAUCUUUGAUAAAGAAACAAUUUUUUUCUCACAAACUCGAGAAUUUUUAUAAUGAAAAAAAGCAUUUAGUACUAUCGAGAAAAUUAAACAAAAAUCAGAAAAAAUUAAUAUUUCAUAUUAACGAUAAAUAAUUACGUAACUUUAUACCAAAAGGUCUUAUAAUUAUUUUUAAAAAAAUGUAUAUUUCAGUUUGAAACAUUUUUCCAAAAUUUCUAGAAAAAAAUGUUUAUUUAAACAACAAAAAUCUGUGAUUGAAUUUUACUUUUUUUCUUUCAACUUUCAAAGACGUCAAAGUUUACCAGUUAAUCUUUAGAAUUUGACGAGUAACAAAUUUUACAAUUUGAAAUCAUAAAUUGUAAUUAUUAUUCAUAAUAAUUAAUGCGAGAGAAUUGUUGACUUUGAAAAAAAUGUAGUUCUAAAACAAGCAAUUUCUUCCUUUCCUAAUGAAAAAAACCCACAUUGUUCUGAAAAAGAAUUGAAUGCAAAAUAUUAAAAUUCACAUACCUAAUGAUAAUUUUUUUAAAGACGUCUUCGAAAAAUUGACAAAGUGUAGAGUGAUUGCUUAUUUUACAAUUGUUAAUUUUGUUAUUGCCCGCAGUAUAAAUGUGUUUGUAUAAUGAAGUUUGUUUUAUUAAAUAUUUUAAACUAUUUAAUGACUGAUGGGUCUUAUAUUUUGUAGUUUGCCUUUAAAAGUUUCGUCAAAAGGCAAAUUUCUGUAUUUCAAUAGUAUAUUGUAAUAACUUUUUGUAAUGAUUUUUUAUAAAGCAGCACAAAAGUCAUACGUUCAUCAAAGUCGAUUUUUUUCGUUCUAGCUAAAAAAAAUAGAAUUUUAUUUGCCAUUCAAAAUUUUUACUAUGAACUAAAAUUUAAUUUUACUUUAUU